AAACGCCCGCCGCCGUCAGAAUCACCAUCACCACUUCUCGCCGGAGAACCCCAAAUCCACCGCAUCCGAGAUAGUAGAGGGGAGAAUUCGGCGGCGGACAAGAUGGUGUGCAUCCGGCAGGCGACCAUCGACGACCUGCUCGCGAUGCAGGCGUGCAACCUGAUGUGCCUGCCGGAGAAUUACCAGAUGAAGUACUACCUCUACCACAUGCUCUCGUGGCCGCAGCUCCUCUUCGUCGCAGAGGACUACGGCGGCCGCAUCGUCGGCUACGUGCUCGCCAAGAUGGAGGAGGACCCCUCGGAGCCCUGCCACGGCCACAUCACCUCCCUCGCCGUCCUCCGCUCCCACCGCAAGCUGGGGCUCGCCACCAAGCUCAUGUCCGCCGCACAGGCCGCCAUGGACCAGGUCUUCGGCGCCGAGUACGUCUCCCUCCACGUGCGCCGGUCCAACCGCGCCGCCUUCAACCUCUACACCUCCACCCUCGGGUACCAGAUCCACGACAUCGAGGCCAAGUACUACGCCGACGGGGAGGACGCGUUCGAUAUGCGCAAGCCUCUGCGGCAGCCGCAGCCUAAGAAGCACCACCACCACCAUCACCACCACCACCACCACGGCCCCGGUGGAUGCUGCUCCCACGACGCACCUUCGGCGGCGGCUGGUUCUUCUCCGCAGUCUUCUAAUUCGCCGGAUAAGAAGGCUAACACUUGACAUGGGGAGUGAAUCUUUGGGGAUGAGUUGCGGAGCCCAUUGGAUAUCACACAUCUUGUGCUUGCCAUUUGAUAAAAGAUUGUAGCUUUCCUUUCCUAUUAGAACAGAAAGGCCCUGUAAUGUGAUUAUUUGUGUUUGUAUGUGUCUGGUUGAUGAUUUAAAUCCAUUAACUGAUUCCCUGUAAACUUUGAGAAUGUCGUGGAAAUAUACUGACAUUUCAAGUCACUUAUUUUGGAUGACAUACCCGAUGAUUAA